AUCUGGCUGGUGUAUAUAAGCCAAGACGGGGAGGUAUUUCUUUCUUUCACUUGGCACAAUAGUUUGGCCAUCUAUAAGUUAUCAUGUAUACCUCAGUUUCUUUUCUAGCUGGUGUGCUCUCUAUAUUUCUUUCAGCUGUUCCUAUAUCAGCGUUUCAGCAAGCUGUCUACUGGGGACAAUCGGGGCAAACCAACCUCUCCCACUUCUGUUCCGAUUCCCAAGGCAUUGAUAUAAUUCCACUGGCCUUCCUCUCUCAAUUUGGCGGCUCAAACACGCCCGAUGGCGGGUUUGGUGGUUGCAGUAUCACAGAACCUUCCUCGGCCGCUUGCCAACAAGUCGCUCAAGAUGUCGAGUACUGCCAAUCUCAAAACAAAACCGUCCUACUGUCCCUCGGCGGCGCAGCCGGUAGCUAUGGACUAAGCAGUCAAUCCGAUGCCGAGGCGCUCGCCCAGAAUCUCUGGGCCACGUACGGACCUGUGCAGGAGUCCUAUAAUGGGUCGCGACCCCUAGGCACCACGGUCCUCGACGGCUUCGAUCUCGACAUUGAAAACAACGUCGGGUCGUACAACUAUGUAUUUCUCAUCUGGAAGCUGCGGGAGCUCUUCGCCACGGAUACCAGCCGGACGUACUACAUCUCUGGCGCGCCGCAGUGUGUGGUUCCUGACGCCAGCAUGGGCGACAUGAUUUUCAACUCGCCGUUCGAUUACUUGUUCGUGCAGUACUACAAUACGCCGACGUGUUCUGCGCGCGGGAAGAUCAGUGGGUACUCGUCAGCUAAUGGCCAGAAUCAGUACUUUACUUUCGAUGCGUGGAAGGAGGUCACGGGUGUGAAUUCGUCGCAAAGCACGGCAGCGAAGAUGUUUAUCGGCUUACCGGCUGCUCCAGGUGCUGCUUCUGAGUCGUAUUACUUGGAGCCGAAUGAAGCAUUGGAGUUGGUUAAUGAGUAUAAAAGCCACGAGGGCUUCGCGGGCGUCAUGCUAUGGGAUGCAGGCUCGAGUGAUUCGAAUGUUGUGAAUGGAUGCACUUAUAGUCAGCAGAUCAGCCGGAUUUUAACAAAAGGCGAGACUUGUUAAGGCGGUGGACAAGGAAUAUAUCAUCUAUGUUUUGAUAAACCCUUCUAGGUUGGAGGGAAGAAGUACUUGAAGUUUCUGGGAAGCAAGGAUAGUCUGUUCUGAGAUACCGGGACAGGAUCAAUGACAAUAUGUUGCACAUAUUCUUUUUCGUUAAGAUUCAUACGUAGGCCAUGAAAGAAUUGCCUUAGAAAGCUUUGGACAUGAGGGAAUCAGGGAGU